GCCAACUGUGUCCGGUGGAGAAAUAAACAGCUUGUGUCUGCGAGUUAAUCGGCGAGGCUCGGCCCAUUGUUACCGGUAUGUUAACGCUAUGGAACAAUUUUGAGUCUGAAUCCCAUCAUAUAUAUGUGUUUUCUCCGUGUAGCUAACAGCUGCCCCCGACAGCGAUAACAUUACAGUAACUUUGACUGUAAAAACUUUCCGUCGACGCUGCUCGGCUAACGCUAUCGGUGAGCUCAGCUGUUAACAACACAGUACUGUCCCCAUUGUUAGUUGUCACAGGACGAAGAGUCACCUGAGUUUCACCCGACUUCCUUCUCGACUAGCACCACCUCCACCAUGACUGCUGCUGUGAGAGUUUCUGCCAAAGUGCCUAUCCGAGGUGCUGGUGAUGGCAUGGAAACAAAAAAACCGCCGGCCGUCCUGGAGGUAAACACAGAUGCCCUGCCACCAGGCUCGUCUGCAGUUACCCUCUUGAAGGUGGCGAGCCCAAAACACAGCCCCAAGUCUACCCACGCUGCUCCCCCUGCCGCCCCCCAGCCCCCCGGGGUGCUCCACCUGGGCAAGGUGAGUCGAGAGGCCUGCACAGAGGUGGAGGCUGUGAGGAUUCUUGUCCCACGUUCAGCUAUUAGCCGGAGCAGCCGCGUGGGACCUGUUGAGGGGAAAGGGGAGGCCGGGCAACAUGCUGAGGAGCAGGGCUCUCCCCCGCUGCCUCUGGGGGAGGACUGGAGAGGACAGCUGGAGAAGCUGCAGAACUCUGAACGCAGGCUGCUGCAGGACAAGGAAGGUCUCUCCAAUCAGCUCCGUGUGCAGACUGAGGUGAACCGUGAGCUGAAGAAACUGCUGGUGGCGUCGGUGGGGGAUGACCUUCAGUACCACUUUGAGCGUAUGUCGCGGGAGAAGAACCAGCUGAUUCUGGAGAAUGAGGCACUAGGCCGGAGUCUGGCACACACCGCGGAGCAGCUGGAGCGAAUGAGUAUCCAGUGUGAUGUUUGGAGGAGCAAGUUUCUGGCCAGCAGAGUCAUGGCAGAGGAGCUGACGAAUGCCAGAGCAGCUCUGCAGAGACAGACCAGAGAAGCACAAGGAGCCAUUCAGGAUCUGCUGCUGGAGAGAGAGGAGUUCUCCAGGGACAUGGUGCUCACUCACAGAUCUCUGGAGCAGCUCCUGGUGUCUCUGCAGUGGGGCAGACAGCAGACGUACUACCCCAGUGCACAGCCCCUCAGCACCGGAGAGCUUGCAGCCGCCAAUCACAAGCUAGCGGACACCAUCAACUCCCACUUGCUGGGAAACACCGGCGGCGGCGGCGGCAUGGUAAAGAGCAGCAGUGCAACGGCUGAGCACCUCUGCAGCACACCUGCGGAGAAGAUGGCUGAGAAGGUGCUGAAGAUUUUAGAUCCAAUUUCCUGCUCAGAAAACAAGGCAGAUCCUCCACUCAAUGACUCAACCUCUUCAAACUUCCUCAGCAAUAAGAAGAGCAUUGGAAGGUUUCACCCGUACACACGCUAUGAGAACAUUACUUUUAACUGCUGCGAGCGCUGCACUGGAGACAUCCUGGUGCUGUAGAGAUCAAGUAGGGCAAAACGCCCCCCGUCUGACACCAGUGCAGCAUCCGUUUACUUCAGAUGACUGAAGUCUGAACAAGAGUGUACUCUGGAGAACAUUGUUGCUCUGUGUUCAGCGACAUUUGCUUUUGUUGCAGUGCUGAUUGUUGGAUUUCCACAAUUACCGAUAAUGGUUUUAAAUUUUAUCAAGCUGCUGUUUAUUUAGCUGUCUUUAACUUUGGGGGAGGAAAAAAAGCUAAAUAAGAAAAGUUGUUUGUUCAGGAAUCAUGAUGUGAAAGUGAUAACAGUAUGCAUUUCAGAGCCACUACAGUCUGGUUUAAACCGUGGAAAGUGUUAUUUAUUGGUGGAAUGUGAGGUCAAGAUGAGUCAGUGUUACACGGUUAAAAUACACUGUUAGGCGGUAAGCUUAUUCAAACUUGAACAUUAGGCUAGUGUGUUUUAUUUAAAAAUAAUCCUAUAUCCAUACGUCAAUGUACAAACAGCCUGUUGUGGAAAUACGCUCCAGGAAAUUAACAAACUGAGAGGGGUUUCUCCAUGUCCCCAGAAUGAUGGUGCUAUCAUAUUUUAGUUAAUAUUGUGUUAACAUAUUUGUACAUUGGCAUAAAUAUACACAGCAUUUUUUGGAAGUGGUUUUACGGUACAACAAUACACUAUUAUUGUGCAGCAGUAUUGUUAAAAGCCCUGAUGUUACCUGUUGCUCACACACACAGGUCCCAUUAUUUGCAAUGUUUGACAUUUGAAUUUAAGUUAUGUUUGAUUUUUUUCAUCGAAUUAUGUCAUUUAUUUGGCUUUUUUGUUUAAUUUAAAAAAAGAUUUAAGACUGUUGAAAUUACUAGUAAUAUAUUGUGCAUGCCUUUUUACAAUUUUCUAAAAUCAAGCUGUAUAUUUUGGUUGAUUUCAUCUGUAUGGAUAGUUUGCUUUUUGCAGGGUUGGUGACUGUAUACUUUACAGUGACCAGCAGACGGGACACAUUUAAAAUAUUUAUACAUCUUUUGUUUUCUAUGUCAGACCAAAAUAAAGACCAAAUUCGUUU